GUACACAAGGCGUCCAGGGCAGGGCUGCUGCCAUUGCGUUCCGGUAAAUGAAAAUAAACUUUCAAGAUGUCGAGAGUCUCAUCAUGUCGAUUAAAGUAUGGUCUUGAGGUUCGACGUAUCAUCAACGGCAUGUGGCAAGUUUCUGGCUCGCAUGGACCGAUCGAYAAUGACCACGCCGUAGAAGAAAUGUUUACAUAUWACGAUGCAGGACUCACCACCUUCGACAUGGCCGACAUCUAUGGUCCAGCUGAAGAUAUUUUUGGGCAGUUUCUGUUGAAACUUAAAUCGAAACGUGGAAAUAAAGCAGCAGAUAAGAUACAGGCACUGACAAAGUGGGUCCCAAAUCCRGGUGUCAUGACCAAGAAAGUUGUACAAACRAGCAUWGAAAAAUCCCUAAAGCGCAUGGGUGUAGAUAAAUUGGACAUGUUGCAGUUUCACUGGUGGGACUUCACAGACAAAAGGUACUUAGAUGCAUUAAUACAUCUUUCAGAACUACAAACCCAAGGUAUCAUAAAAGAACUAUCCUUAACUAAUUUUAACACUGAUCAUUUGAAAGAGGUCACAGAUUUAGGCAUCAAAAUCUCAACCAAUCAGAUACAAUAUUCAAUAAUAGACAAUAGAGCUUCUGUAAAAAUGACAGCAUUUUGUAAAAUGCAUGGUAUUGGGCUUCUUACUUAUGGUACUGUAGCAGGAGGUUUUUUAUCUGAAAAAUAUCUUCACAAAACUGAACCMAAAAUGGAAGAUUUACAAACAGCCUCACUUCAAAAAUACAAACAGAUGAUCGACGCCUGGGGAGGAUGGAGUCUAUUUCAGGAACUCUUGAUGCACCUUUCAACAAUUGCAAAAGCGCAUGGACCUGAUACCAGUAUAGCAAAUGUAGUGACGCGUUUUAUUCUGGACAAACCAGCUGUUKCAGCUGUUAUYAUAGGAUGUCGUUUUGGAAUUCCUGGAGCUAAACACAUAGGUGAUAAUUUGAGAACUUUUAACUUACAGUUGGAAGAUAAAGAACUUGAGAGUCUUCAGACUAUCCUUAAUAAAGGUAGUGAUUURUAUAAGUCUACAGGUGACUGUGGUGAUGAAUAUCAACAGUCAUAAGUGUCUGUGGUCCCACCAUGAAAGUUGGUUUUGAGAUAAUGCAUAUAUGAAAUGAAAACUGGAGUUAAAACAACAAUGUCUCAAUGGCCAAACAACAAUUUCUCAAUGGCAGAAAGCAACUACCGUAUUUACCCAUGUAUAAGCGGCUCUCGUAGAUAAGCCUCACCCCCGAUUUGGGAACGAUUUUUUUGGAAAAAAAGUGUGGCUUAUACGUGGGUAAAUACGGUACCCUGCUACAUGUGUGUGAGUUUGGCAUUCAGAUUCAUAGAGUGGAUAUUUUAGUAUAAGGGUAUUUUAUUAGCUUAAUGCAUUUAAUAACAGAGAUAACUUCAAAUCGAUAAUAACAAUUUAUUUUGAUAAACAACACGUGUGAUAAGAGUUAUAUAAUUUACAUAAUGUAUUAAUAAAUUCAAGUUAUAAGAUCACUGUAUAAUUAUUUAUUUUUAUACCAAUAUUUUGAAUAUAAAUAGUGUGUAAACUUUAGAAAUGUGAUAUAGUACCUUAAGCUCCCUAGCAUAGUGAUGCUUAUUCAUGAUUAUUUAAUUUAUAUUUUGAAAAURAUAAUAUUGAAAAAAAACAAUUUGAAAAGAAAUGUAGCUUGGCUAAGUAAGACCUUACACAAGCUUUACAUUUCACCAAAAAUCAGGUUUCAAAAACCAUUAUAUGGCAAUUUUGUGAUGUAAAUAUGGUUACAAUYAUGCAAAAUCAGGAAAUAUUUUCAACAGAUACAAAACAAUUUCUUAAGUUAACACCACAGCAAUUUUGUAUUAAAUCUGUAACUAAAUGAAUGUAUGUCAUUAAUAAUUAGCAUGAUAGCUUCUUUUCUCUGAAACAUGAAGACUAUGUUUCCAGUGAUACUUAAUAKCCAAGCUACUUUUCUUUUCAUAUUAAUGAUGUUUUUGAAAUGAGAACUUUAAUGUGUAAUUAAUGUACUUCAAUAAGAUUGCUUUGAUUACCAGAAUGCAGAUCAUGCAAAAAAAUGCAAAAAAAAUGUAGUAUUAAAAUCACAAUAAACUAAAUAUAUUAAU